CUUGUAAAAGUGGGGGUUGAUUUUGUUCCAGACAAGGAUAAAUCUGAUUGGUUCGAGGAUAAAAAUCAGAAGAAGCGUCAGUGAAACUGAGUUGACUCGGAAAAGAGGAACCGCUUUUUGAGUUACUGAGAUGGGGUGUCAGUGCUCUAAGUUAACGCCAUGUUGCUGGGAUUCACAGUUCAAAGCAGCAGUGUUAGAAGCCCCUGAUGUUGAGAAUGAGGAGAAGAGUGAGGUUGAUCACUUGCCUGUGUUUCGUGAGUUCACGUUGGAGCAACUCAAGAAUGCAACAUCUGGAUUUGCGGUGGAGAAUAUCGUUUCUGAGCACGGUGAGAAGGCUCCUAAUGUCGUUUAUAAAGGGAAGUUGGAGAAUCAGAGGAGAAUUGCUGUUAAACGUUUCAACAGGAUGGCUUGGCCUGAUUCGCGACAAUUUUUGGAGGAAGCAAGAUCAGUUGGUCAGCUACGCAACAAUAGAUUGGCGAAUUUGCUUGGCUGUUGUUGUGAAGGUGAUGAGCGGUUGCUUGUGGCAGAGUACAUGCCCAAUGAGACACUUGCAAAACACCUUUUUCAUUGGGAAGCACAACCAAUGAAAUGGGCCAUGCGAUUAAGGGUUGUACUCCAUCUUGCACAAGCUUUAGAAUACUGCACAAACAAGGGGCGUGCACUAUAUCACGAUCUCAAUGCUUACAGAGUUUUAUUUGAUGAGGAUGGAAAUCCAAGACUUUCAACCUUUGGUCUGAUGAAAAACAGUAGAGAUGGAAAAAGUUACAGUACCAAUUUGGCAUUUACUCCUCCUGAAUAUUUGAGAACGGGAAGAGUUACACCAGAAAGUGUAAUAUAUAGCUUCGGCACUCUUCUGCUUGAUCUUCUCAGUGGAAAACAUAUCCCUCCUAGCCACGCCCUUGACUUGAUACGAGACAGAAAUCUUCAGAUGUUAACUGAUUCCUGCUUGGAAGGGCAGUUUUCUGAUAAUGAUGGAAUGGAGCUAGUUCGCUUGGCUUCUAGAUGUUUGCAGUAUGAACCCAGAGAGAGGCCGAAUCCUAAAUCUUUAGUUGCUGCUUUGACACCCCUUCAGAAGGAAACUGAGGUUCCUUCACAUGUCUUAAUGGGUAUCCCAAACAGCGCUUCCUUCACUCCUCUAUCCCCAGUUGCGGAGGCUUGCUCAAGAGGGGACUUGACUGCUAUACAUGAGAUCUUAGAGAAACUUGGAUACAAAGAUGAUGAAGGAGUAGCAAAUGAGCUCUCCUUCCAAAUGUGGACUGACCAAAUGCAGGAAACCUUGAAUUCAAAGAAAAAGGGCGAUGCUGCUUUCAGGCAGAAAGAUUUCAAAGAAGCAAUUGAGUGUUACACUCAGUUCAUUGAUGUUGGUACCAUGGUGUCUCCAACCGUUUUUGCACGGCGUAGCUUGUGUUAUCUGAUUAAUGACAUGCCUCAAGAAGCUCUAAAUGAUGCAAUGCAAGCCCAAGUCAUUUCCCCAGUUUGGCACAUUGCUUCCUAUCUUCAGGCUACUGCACUUGCUGCUCUUGGAAUGGAGAAUGAAGCUCAAACAGGACUUAAGGAGGGUGCAACUCUUGAAGCCAAGAGAAGCCCAGCAGCCGGGCAAAAGUAAACAGGGUGACAUGCAGCCUGCCUCGCAUUGAUUUUGGGAAUCCACGAAGACCGUGCAACCAAGUCUCAUUCAGUCCAUAAUUCAGCGGCACAAAAGCAAUUAUUUUAUCCUGGAGAACGCCAUGAGAGCAUCAUGGGGUUGAGGUUUUCUGGACAAAGCAUUUGGACAGGGUUGUGGUCAUUGGUUUCUUUCGCCUUUUUAAUUGUUUAUUUUCCUUAUGAGUACGCGAGAGUUCUUUCAUUCUUUGUUCGGUUUGAUCAGUUGUGCAUGUUAUGUAACAAAUUCUUCCCUGUCACAUUGAUUGGGAGCAGAGAAACAUUUUCUUCCCCUCGUGUUACCUUUCUCAGAAAAAAGAGAAUGAGAGCAAAAGUUGUUCACAAGCUUGUAAUUUUCUGUAUAGAUAGGAUGCUUUUCAAUGUGUUGGUAAUGAAAUCAGUGGUUUUAGA